AUGAGCACAAGCAAUGGCUCAUUGGCGGCGCACAGCGAGAGCCGCGACGGCGGCAUCGCCGUCGACCUCUUCCCGUUCCUGCGCGUGUACAACGACGGCCGCGUCAGGGAGUUCGUGAGGCACAAGAAGAUGGGCGCGUCGUCCGACGAGAGAAGCCGAAAUGGGGUCGUGACGAAGGACGUCGUCGUCGACGGCGAGACCGGAGUGUCCGUUCGCCUGUUCCUCCCCAUCGACGCCGCCCAGGCCGCCGCCGAAGACGGCAGGAGGCUCCCCUUGGUCGUCUACAUCCAUGGCGGCGGCUUCUGCACGGGGAGCGCCUCGGCCGAGAUGUUCCACAACUACGCGGACUCCCUCGCCGCUCACGCCGUGGCGGUCGUCGUCUCCGUGGACUACCGCCUCGCGCCGGAGCAUCCCAUACCGGCGGCCUACGACGACGCGUGGGCCGCGCUCCGGUGGGCAGCGGCUUCAAGCGGCGGCCUCUCCGACGACGCCUGGGUCGGCAGCUACGCCGACCGGACGUGCAUGUUCCUCGCCGGCGAGAGCUCCGGCGCCAACAUCGUGCACAACGUGGCGCUACGGGCCGGCACCGCCCGCAACGCCGGCGACAUCGACAUCGAGGGCAUGAUACUCCUGCAGCCAUACUUCUGGGGCACCGAGAGGCUACCCUUCGAGAAACCGUGCGCCUGGCGCACCAAGCCGAAGCUGCUGCCUGAGAGGGUCGACAACCUCUGUCCGUACGUCACGGCGGGCGCCGCCGGCAACGACGAUCCCCGGAUCAACCCUCCCGCGAAGGACAUAGCACUGCUGCCAUGCCGCCGAGCGCUGGUGGCCGUGGCCACGGAGGACGUCCUGCGGGACCGCGGCCGCCGUCACCACGAGCUACUCCGCGACGGCGCCGGGUGGGGCGACAGGGCGCAGCUCGUGGUGUCCAGGCGGAAGGACCACUGCUUCCAUCUCCUGCCGGAAUAUAGCUCCGACGACGAGACCAAGGAGCUCAUGGACCACGUCACCAAGUUCAUCGCCGAGGGCAAGACCACGCCGCCGAUCAGCAUGCCGAUGGAGGUGGAGGGUGUCGGUAGGAAGACGACGGCAAGGACGGUGCCAAGUCGCGGCGGCGCAAGGUGUUGCGCGGCGCAAAUUGCACCAACGGUACCUCGACGCUCUGGAUUUGGAGUGAGGCCGCUCAGUAAUAAGGUGCAGAAGUAUCAUCUUCCUGCAGCUGCUCUAGGGAGGAGCGUGCUGAAGAGUUAUUUCUGA